CUGACCCCAAAUGCCUUUCUCUAGACACACUUCCCCACUGUGGGAGAGGUGAUGGAGUUCUACCUGGAGAUCGACCCUGUCACUUUGAACCUCAUCAUUCUAGUUGCCAGCUACGUCAUCUUACUCUUGGUGUUCCUCAUCUCCUGCGUGCUGUAUGACUGCCGAGGCAAGGACCCCAGCAAGGAAUAUGCUCCUGAGACCACGCUGAACGCGCAGCCUUCCAUCCGAGUGGUGGUGACGCAGCACAGUGCUCAUGGGUCCCCCUGGUCCAGAGGACCCAGCCUUCACCUUAAAGAUCCUGCCUCAACGGGGAAGAAAAGCACUGUGGUGUAAGACUGCAUAAGGAACGCUGAGGAGAGUCCAACAAAUGCAGCAGAAAACAGCUGUUCCGACUGUGGCUCCUGUUCUCCCCACGUGCGGGUCCUGAUUGGCUGAGGCAGCUGAAGCUCUGACUUCCUAUCUGCCCUCCGGUCACUCUUUGUGAAUAAAGCAACCAUCUAAGCACAAUGGUGCGUCCAGCGAGUCCAAGAUGGCCCCUACUCCCCAGGAAUCCAUCUUCAGGGACAUUUCAUUGCCUCAGAAUGUGGGAGGACACUGGAGAGAACACUUUAAUAAGAUUGAGAAAAAUAAGGCCAAGACUGUGCUUCAUGAAAUUGGGCCCAGUGACUGUAAUAGAGAGAUGAUUCAAGCCUGAGUGACCCAAAGAUGACUGAGAGCUACGCAGAUCACUUAAAACUGAAGUCAUCACCAGCCCGAGGCAGCUCCUCAGUCCAACGCAAGUGGACAUCAUCAGCAAUUCUGCCAGC